AGAUGUCGCGCGCAUAGAUACUUUAUAGUCUAUGACGUAUACUCAACACAUCUAUCGCACGCUCCUUGUUGCUAAGCAACCGCUUUCCAAACUUUAGCUUCUGCAAACGUCACGAGAAGCGAGUGGUGUGAGUUUCACAGAAGAUUAUUUUCACUUUGCUACGUAUCUGUUAUAUAUACGGCUACAGAUACUUGUGCGCAUCAAUAUACUUCAUACUUUGUACACAAUGAGCGCGGGUCGGACUGUUGAGGGAGCGGGAUGUGUGACCUGGUGGGGAUUCGGACCAUCGCGAGACCUCCUGAGCUCAGACACACACAGAGAGAGGCCUCAUGGAGAGCUGAAUAUUUUGCUGGUGGGCAGCGCAGAUCCCAGACACAUCCUGAAGACCAUCACUGGACUGACAGACUCGGACACACUACAUGUUUGGGUGAUUGAGAACAGCAUGGAGGUGGUUGCCAGACAGCUAGUACUACUUUAUGUAUCACUUCUGACCCCUGAGAACAUGAGUUUACACAAGAAGACAGAAGUGUUUCUGGAGGUGUUUGGAAACUCUGAGAUUCGCAAAGAGACGGAAGAAACGUUGAAACACGCCGCAUCUCAGCUCUCUCUGUCUAUCACAAACACUCUGUUUUCUGACUCGGAUACCCAUCCUUGCCUUGAUACAAGCCUUCUAAAGUUUAAGGAGAGAGAUGAGUUGGUACGGAUCUUUAAAUUGUGGGAACGGCCGCCGUCAGUUCCAGCAAGUUUCCGUAAGGUCUGGGAUGCCCGUGUUCGGCAGCACCUGGGGACACGUUACGACUCUCGCCAGGGCUGUUUCGACUGGGAUCUCACUCUGAAACUGCACCAGAGCGGCUGUGGUGUCAUUAGCAAACAUCAGUAUGUGAAAUGGAGAGAAAGCGGUGUAGCUUUUGAGAUGAGGGAGGGGCUCUACCAAACAGCCAAUCAGAGUCUGCUCUCCACACGAGUGUUCAAUCAUAGAGGAGAUCGGGUCGCUGUUAGAGGCUAUUGGGGCGACAUCGUCUCAAGUCCAUAUCUGUCCUUCGGCAUAGAGACAGAAAACAAAGAUCUGCUGAAGAAACAGAACAACCAGCAUGUGAAGACAGCUCAGGAUAUUUCAGAAGUGAACGUCCUUGCGUUAUUUGAAUCUCUUUCCACUAGAGGGAGCUCUUUACUGAAUGAAAAUGAACCAAACCCUUCAAGUUCCUGUUGUCAAUCCACAAACAGUCUCCUAACAGAAGAGAAGACACAGAAUGAUCCAUGUGCCUCUCAAACUCACACAAAACCUGAGCAACAUCCAGAACAACAGACACAAGUGCUUGAUUUGCUCAAUGUGAAUGGAGUGAAAGUGAAAUUUCUGUCUCCAGACUCGCUCAGCAAACUUCCUCUCAAAAAUAAAUACAGGAACCUGUUUAACACCAUCUACUGUUCAGCCAGUAUGGUUCAUCAGCUGGAUUCUUUUCUGAGGGAGAUCACAGCGCCUGAUGCAUCUCUAAUAAUAGAGUUAGCAAACUUCCUGUUGGACCUUUCAAAAGAGCAAGUGACAGGUUUUGCUGACAAAGUGAAGGAGAUCGCUGAAGAAUCGGGAUUCACAGAAACGCAUUACCAGAGCAGUGAUGUAUAUGCAGUAUUCACACGGAAACAAAACUGAAGGACUCUGACACUGAGAUAUUAUACCAUCUAACAUCAUUAUAAUAAAACCACCAACACGUCUGUGCUUGAACAGUUUUAAUUAAAAAAAAAAAUGACCUGUUGUCUCUACCUUU